AUGGAGGCUGGUGGCCUCCCCCUGGAGCUGUGGCGCAUGAUCCUGGCCUACCUGCCGCUGCCCGACCUGGGCCGCUGCAGCCUGGUAUGCAGGGCCUGGCGAGAACUGAUCCUCAGUCUUGACAGGACUCGCUGGCGGCAGCUGUAUCUGGGCUGUGCUGAGUGCCGCCACCCCAACUGGCCCAACCAGCCCGAUGUGGAGCCCGAGUCUUGGAGGGAGGCCUUCAAGCAGCAUUACCUUGCCUCCAAGACCUGGACCAAGAACGCCGCCAUCUUGGAGACCUCUGUCUGCUUCUCUCUGUUUCGCCGGAGGAGGACGCGCCGGACCCUGAGUGUUGGGCCAGGCCAUGAGUUUCACAGCCUCGGCAGUGCCCUGGCCAUGUCCAGCCUGUUUGACCGAAUCCUGCUGUUCCCAGGCCUGCACGAAGAGCAAGGUGAAAUCAUCCUGAAGGUGCCCGUGGAGAUCGUAGGCCACGGGAAGCUCGGCGAAGUGGCCCUGCUGGCCAGCAUUGACCAGCAAUGCUCCACCACUCGCCUCUGCAACCUUGUCUUCAUGCCGGCCUGGUUCUCGCCCUUCAUGUUUAAGACAACUUCAGGUCACGUCCAGUUUGACAACUGCAACUUCGAGAAUGGGCACAUCCAGGUCCACGGCCCGGGCACCUGCCAAGUGAAGUUUUGCUCCUUCAAGAACACUCACGUCUUUCUGCACAACGUGCCCCUGUGUGUCCUGGAAAACUGUGAAUUCGUGGGCAGUGAAAACAACUCGGUGACUGUCGAGGGCCACCCGUCCUCAGAAAACAACUGGGCCUACACGCACCUCUUAGGGCUCAUCAGGUCUUCUCCUGGCGUGCUCCCCACCGAGGACUCGGACUCUUUAAUGUCCCUCGACCUGGAGAGCAGGGACCAGGCCUGGAGCCCGAGGACCUGUGGCAUUGUCAUUGAGGGCAGCCAGAGCCCCACCAGCCCAGCCACCGGCUCCCCCAGGGCUGGCUCCCAGGAGGCAGAGAUGGGCAGCAAUGGGGAAAGGGUGGCCCGGACCCCAGACAGCAGCGAUGGAGGCCUGAGCCCCAGCGGUGAGGAUGAGGACGAGGACCAGCUCACGUACAGACUGUCCUACCAAGUGCAGGGCCCACGGCCGGUCCUGGGGGGCCCCUUUUUGGGCCCACCGCUGCCUGGAGCCUCCAUCCAGCUGCCCAGCUGCCUGGUACUGAACUCCCUGCGGCAGGAGCUGCAGAAGGACAGGGAGGCCAUGGCCCUGGCCAGCUCCGUGCAGGGCUGCCUCAUCCGCAAGUGCCUCUUCCGGGACGGCAAGGGAGGCGUCUUUGUUUGCUCUUACGGCCGAGCCAAGAUGGAAGGAAACAUCUUCCGGAACCUGACUUACGCGGUGCGAUGUAUACAUAAUAGCAAGAUCAUCAUGCUCAGGAACCACAUUCACCACUGCAGAGCAUCGGGCAUCUUUCUUCGCUUGGAGGGUGGCGGCCUGAUCGCUGGCAACAACAUCUGCCACAACGCGGAGGCCGGCGUGGACAUCCGGAAGAAGUCCAACCCCCUCAUUCUGUGUAACCAGAUCCACCACGGCCUUCGCUCUGGCAUUGUUGUCCUUGGCAAUGGGAAAGGCAUCAUCCGGAACAAUCAAAUCUUUUCAAACAAGGAGGCUGGCAUUUACAUCCUGUACCACGGAAAUCCAGUCGUGAGCCGGAACCACAUCUUCAAGGGCCACGCGGCCGGCAUCGCCGUGAGCGAGAGUGGCAGAGGCCUCAUCACAGAAAAUGUCAUCCGGGAGAAUCAGUGGGGAGGCGUGGACGUCCGCCGAGGAGGGGUCCCCAUCCUCAGGAGCAACCUCAUCUGCUUUGGCUACUCGGAUGGUGUGGUUGUGGGGGAUGAAGGCAAAGGCCUGCUGGAAGGAAACACCAUCUACGCGAAUAAGGGCUGUGGUGUCUGGAUGAUGGCAUCCAGCCUGCCCCACGUCACCCGCAACCACGUCAGCUACAAUGGGCUGUACGGCGUGGCGGUGUUCAGCCAGAAGGAGGGCUCCGGAGAAUUCCCUGGAGGCCACGGGGCCCAGGAGAACUUCAGCGAGGACGGGGAUGCCGUCCUGUGGGAGACAGAGCUGGAGAAGGAUGACCCGCUGCGCCGGCCCAUCACCAUAGCUCUGGUCGAGUCCAACAGUGUCAACCACAACGGAGCCUCCGGACUCUACAUCCAGAGCAGUGAGGCACUGCACGUGGUAACCAACGUGAUCCACGCCAACAGAGUCAGAGGCAUCACUGUGGCCCAGAGCAGUCAGCUCACCCGUGUGGCCAACAACAGCAUCUCCUGCAACCGCCAGAGUGGGGUCAAGAUCGAGGCCCAGUGCAAGGUGGAGCUCCGGGGCAAUGGUAUCUAUGACAACAGAGGCCAUGGCAUCAUCACCAAGGGUGACAGCACCAUCAUGGAAAAUGACAUCAUUGGCAACCGGGGCAGUGGGCUGCAGCUGCUGCCCACGUCUGACACAAAGGUAAUAAAGAACCGAAUCCAUUCAUCCCGGGCCUCCGGCAUUACAGUGCAGGGCCACGCCAAGGCCCUGGUGCAGGAGAACACCAUCUUCCAGGGCAAGACCAGCAAGACCAUCUUCCAGCAGAGCUCGAGCAACCAAGAAUGCGCCAUACAGAACAACAGGGUCUUGGUCUUCAAGAAGUCUGAUACAUGGCGCCUGGCGAACCCACCAGCACGGCCUCACCUUGAAAACUCUCUCCGGGGCCCCUCUGCUGCCCAUGGUGGGCAGAAGGUGACAGCCAUGGCGACCAGGAUCACAGCCCACGUGGAAGGUGGUUACCACAGCAAACGCAGCAUCUUCUGCACCAUCCUGUAA